AUGACGGAACCGCUGGAGCUAGUCCUUCAGCUGCGCGCCGCAUAUUCCGAAACGGUUUCGGACAUCUUCCAAGCAGCGUACUUAAAAACAGAGUUUUCAAAAUCCCGCCGACAGAACUGCCCUCUUCCUCUCAUCUUUCCGGCAUGUUUCUGCUGCAUGUUCGGUCGUGUACACUGUACACACCGGGCUAGUGAUCUGUGCACAAUUUUGCCCGUGUUUUCACCGAUCGUAAGCUUCGUUCGACAAGAAGGGUGCGCUUCAGGGCAACUUAGACGGUCUUACUUCUUGCUCAAUUCGGUUGGGCCACUCUUCCAUGGCUUCCUCAACGAAGCGCGUGACAAGUGCUUGCAUUAUAGAGGGAACGAAACUUAUAACUACGGUCCUCUUCCGCCUGAAGGCAAAAGCCCGAUUGAGGUGUUGAUCAACGCGAUCAGCGGAGUGAACGUUACGCUAGUCAUGAGUGGUUUGGAGCGGUUGCUGCAGGACUCAUACAAGUUCAUCGGCUUGGCGGACGAUCUGCACGACAUCAAGGGGUAUUUAAACGAUAUGCGCCUAUGCUUUUUGGCACUCACCAUAACUCUUUACGUCGGCGUAUUUCUGUACGGACUGGCUUACUGCAUCAAUCGAACCAGACGUCAUCAUCGACCGAACAAUCCGGCGAUGUACGACGAAGAGGUUGCAUGGGACAAUCACCACUCGCACCGACCAAACGACUCCUACGCCUACAGAUCGGCAGCGUACAAGAAAUCGCAGUUCAACCGCCAUCGUUACGGCGGCGGUGCCAUGGCUGCCGUGCAUGAAGAACUGGGCGAUACUUCGGCAUGCAAACCAAACGGCCCCCUGGACACGACGGUGGUCAGCAGUGAAAUGGCUGAACAGGAAAAGUUUCCAAUCACUACGUGA